GAUUCAGGGUGCGGGGUGGGCGAGGUGGAGCAAUGCGCGAUUCAGGGUGCGGGGCGGACGAGGAGCGCCACUGUGUUUCCGCUCCUGAUGCAUGGUGGUCGAAGGGAGGAAUUGUUGGAAAAAAAGAGAUAUGUUAUUGGCACAAAUAAACAGAGAAGCUCAAAGUAUGGCAGAAUUCCAGGGAGUGGGCGAUGGUCAGCACGUCACAUUGUGCCUCACAGAAACUGUAGCAGUAACAGAUGGCGAUCGAUUGGAAAAUAUGGAUGGCGUGAGUUUACAAGCCGUUACUCUUGCAGAUGGCACCACAGCAUAUUUCCAACACAAUUCUAAAGAUGGGAAGUUGGUUGAUGGCCAAGUUAUUCAACUAGAGGAUGGUUCGGCAGCGUAUGUACAACAUGUUUCAGUACCAAAAGCAGCAGGAGAUUGUUUGCGUUUUGAGGAUGGACAGGCAGUUCAGCUGGAGGAUGGAUCAACAGCAUUUAUUCAUCAUUCACCAAAAGAUGGCUAUGAUCCAAAUGCAGUGCAAGCUGUGCAGCUGGAAGAUGGAACUACUGCCUAUAUCCACCAUAUGAUACAAGUACCACAAUCUGACACCAUCCUUACUGUUCAAGCCGAUAGUACCCUGGCAGGACUGCACACAGGGGAAACCACAGUAGAUCCUGAGACCAUCAGUGUGCUUGAGCAAUAUGCCACAAAAGUAACGGCUGACGGCAAUGAGAGUGUCAGCAGUACAGGACUGGUGAAUGAAAAUGAUCAUGAAAAAAAAAUGCAGAUUGUUCUUCAGGGUCAUGUGACAGGACGGGUUAGCGCCAAAGCUCAACAACUCGGAGAAAAAGCAUUUCGUUGUGAAUAUGAGGGAUGUGGAAGACUCUAUACCACUGCUCACCAUCUGAAGGUACACGAAAGAGCACAUACUGGUGAUCGACCAUAUAGAUGUGAGCACCCAGGUUGUGGAAAAGCUUUUGCCACAGGAUAUGGAUUAAAAAGUCAUACAAGAACCCAUACAGGAGAAAAGCCAUAUAGAUGCCCAGAAGAGAGCUGUGACAAAGCAUUCAAAACCUCAGGAGAUCUACAAAAACAUAUCCGAACACACACAGGUGAAAGGCCAUUCAAAUGCCCUUUUGAAGGCUGUGGCAGAUCAUUCACCACAUCAAAUAUUCGUAAAGUGCACAUUCGGACUCACACAGGUGAAAGACCAUAUUUCUGUCCAGAGGCAGGCUGUGGGCGAGCCUUUGCUAGUGCAACCAAUUACAAGAACCAUAUGAGGAUACACACAGGGGAGAAGCCGUAUGUAUGUACUGUACCUGGCUGUGACAAGCGUUUUACUGAGUACUCUAGUUUAUAUAAACACCAUGUGGUUCAUACUCAUUCCAAACCAUACAACUGCAAUCACUGUGGCAAAACCUAUAAACAGACCUCCACAUUAGCAAUGCAUAAGCGAACUGCGCAUGGAGACAGUGAGCCAACUGAAGAAGAGGAGACUUUCUUUGAGCCUCAGGAUGUUACCUCUGGGGAUGAAAUCCUGAAGAGCCAACCAAUCACCUAUGUAACAGCAGUUGAAGAAGACACAGGGUUGUCUGGACAAGUUACUGCUGUUACCCAGACAAAUGUCAGUCAACACAUGGCUCUUAUUGCUCAAGAUGGUACGCAACAACAGGUCAGUAUUUCUCAGGCAGAUCUGUCAGGGAUUGGUAAUACUAUAACAAUGGUAACACAAGAUGGUACUACUAUCACAGUCCCUGCACAUGAUGCAGUUAUUUCAACACAGGAUACGCAUUCAGUCACGAUGGUAACCACAGAUGGUUCAGAUGGUCAACAGGUUGCUAUCGUGACUCCAGAUUGUGUGAUGAGAGGUGAGACGACAAUCGCUGCACUACAGGCCGCAUCUGUUGAGGUGGAAAAGAUGGUUACCCAACAACACCAUGAGCAUCAUUUAGUAACUGGAGGAGCACGACCAGUUACGUUACUAGCUACAUCAAACGGCACUCAGAUUGCAGUGCAGCUUGGUGAGCAACAAUCAUUGGAGGAGGCGAUAAGAAUAGCAUCUAGGAUACAACAUGGUGAAACCUCAGAAAUCGAUGAACAUCAAUAAAAUAAUUAUUGAAAA